CUUGUCAACGUGAUUUCCAUUGGAAUUCGUUCUAGUACACGGCCGAAGUCAACGUGGGCAGCAAAAGCCUAACUUUCCGGGGCGUUUGUCAGGGGCGAAAACGUCCUACCCUAGGCUUGCCAGGAUUUAUGCUGCAGCACACAUAGACAUGUAGGAAUGAAAAACAUCUUACACAUAGCAGAUGCUUGCAAGUGACUAGUUCAGUCUUCACCAACUGACUUGAUGGACCUACAGCCAGCUGAGGGCGCGGUGGACUUCACCCUCAAGAUCCUGCUGCUUGGCGACUCCGGCGUGGGCAAGACAUGCUUGCUGACCCGCUUCGCGCACGACAACUUUGACGAGAAGGUCGCCUCCACCAUAGGCGUUGACUUCGCUGUGAAGCGGCUGUCGGUGUACGACAAGCGCGUAAAGCUGACUGUGUGGGACACGGCGGGGCAGGAGAAAUUCCGCACGCUCACCAGCACCUUCUACCGUGGGGCCAAGGGAAUCAUACUAGUGUACGACGUGUCGCGCCCCGACACGCUGCGCCACCUGGAGGAGCAGUGGCUGCAGGAGCUGCAGCUGUACGGCACGGAGCCGGAGGCCGUACGCAUGGUGGUGGCGAACAAGGUGGACGUGGGCGACGCCCGGCGUGUGAGCUGGCAUGAGGGCAGCGACUUCGCUCGUCGUCACGGCUGCCUGUUCGUUGAGACGUCCGCCAAGACCAACGUUGCGGUUGCCACUGCGUUCGAGGAGCUCGUGCUCAAGAUUUUAGAGACACCCUCUUUGCUGGAGGAUGCGGCCUGCGGAGUCCCGCAUGGAACCGUACGACUAGAUCUGCCGCAGAACGCAUACAGCAUGUACGACUACUGCUACUGCUAGCCCUGCAUGCUCUGCUGCAACUGCUAGCUAUAUUGCUAGGGCUAAGGCUGUGUGCUACGGCUAGUGCUGCAUGCUGCUGCUAUGGCUGUCGUUUACCUUGCGUUAGGGCGUUGCAUGCUCAUGCAUCCACGUGGCAUGUGGCAGGUGACAUGAGUGGUGACACAAAGAUGUUGCUAACCAGUUGUUAGCUGUUGUUAUUAUUCAGUUUUGUUUGUAUGGCUUUGCGGAUUGCGAAAGGAGUAUCCUAGCUUUGCAGCCAUUGCCUGCAACAAACGCGUCGUGGGAUUAGGUGCCGAGGACUCAGGAUCUCGAAUAGAGGCGUUAUCAGUUUUUGCGAAUGACGCAACGCACCUCCCUAUUUAUCGAGGGGCAUUAUGAGGGUGAGUGUUGCCACCUGACAUUUUCCCUGACGGUCAGUGGCACGAACGACAGCAGGAGCAACUGGAAUCUUUGCCAGUUAUGCUCGGGCGUAUGGUUCGAGAUAAGGUAAGGACGGAGCCCAGCAGGGGCGUGUCUGGGGAUUGUGGAAUCAGUAACAUUUGUGAUGGUGGGUGGUUGCGGCGUCGGUAGGGUAACCUGGAGACGGAAGGCUACCUUGUGAGGGCUGCUGUCGUGGAAGCUGCCGACGUGAGGGCUGCCAUUGCAUGGAAAGCGAAGCAUGAUGUUUGUACAGGGGACUAUGGUGUCGUAAGCACGCACCAUGCAGCCCGCUAGUUGAAGCCUUCAUUGGAAACAAUGCUCAAAGGGACAGUUCGUUUGGCUCAAAAAAAGGUGUC